GAAACUGAAUCCUAUCAGUGUUCAUGGUAAAAUGGCAGAAGCCAGAGUUGCAGUGGAUGUAAACGAGUUCAGUUGUGCAGUCUGUCUGGAUCUACUAAAGGAUCCAGUGACUAUUCCCUGUGGACACAGUUACUGUAUGAGCUGCAUUAAGAGCUGCUGGGAUCAGGAGGAUCAUGUUGGAGUUUACAGCUGCCCCCAGUGCAGACAGACCUUCAUACCCAGACCUGUUCUGGACAGAAACACCAUACUGGCUGAAAUGGUGGAGAAACUGAAGAAGACUGGACUAGAAGCAGCUACUCCUGCUGACCAGUAUGCUGGACCUGGAGAUGUGGAGUGUGAUGUCUGUACUGGGAGAAAACACAAAGCUGUCAAGUCCUGCCUGGUGUGUCUGGCCUCCUACUGUGAAACUGACCUGCAGCUUCACAAUAAACUCCACCAUGCAAAACAGCACAAGCUCAUUGAUGCCAUCGGCCAUCUGAAGGACAAGGUCUGUUCCCACCAUGACAAACCCCUGGAGGUCUACUGCCGUACCGACCAGCAGUGUAUCUGUCUGCUCUGUGUGAAGGAUAAACACAGAGGCCAUGAUACAGUCUCAGCUGCUACAGGAAGGGCGGAGAUACAGAAACAAAUGGGUGAAACACAGAGGGAAUUUCAGCAGAGAAUUCAGAUGAGAGAGAAGGAGCUGCAGGAGCUGAGAGAGGCUGUGGCCUCAUUCACAAGCUCAGCACAGUCAGCAGUGAAGGACAGCGAAAGGAUCUUCACUGAGAUGAUCCGCUCCAUUGAGAGAAGACGCUCUGAGGUGACAAAGCUGAUCAGAGAUCAGGAGAAGGCUGCAGUGAGUAAGGCUGAAGGAGACAUGGAGAGACUGAAGCAGGAGAUUGAUGAACUGAAGAGAAGACACUCUGAGCUGGAGCAGCUUUCACACAAAGAGGAUCACAUCCAUUUCCUCCAGAGGCGCCAGGCUCUUCCUGUCACUCCUGAAGCUGGAUUUGGACCCAGAAUCUCUGUCAGUCCAAGAUCUGAUUUUGGCAAUUUGAAGAAGGUGGUUUCUGAGCUGAAAGAUCAACUGGAGAAUGUUUGCAGAAUGAAAAUGGCAGAGAUCCAUCACGCAGUUACCAAAGACACCAUCCUACCGGUAUUAGUGCCCAGGACCAGAGCAGAAUUCUUACACUACUCCUGCCAGCUGACGCUGGACCCCAACACAGCAAACAGAGAAGUGUCUCUGUCAGAGGGGAACAGGAAGGUGACAGCGGGGGAAGAGCAGCCAUAUCCUGAUCAUCCAGAGAGAUUUGACUGCUACCCCCAAGUUCUGUGCAGAGAGAGUCUGACUGGUCGCUGUUACUGGGAGGCUGAGUGGAGUGGAGAUGGAGUCUGGAUAGCAGUGACUUAUAAAGGAAUCAGGAGGAAAGGAGACAGUGCUGACUGUCAGCUUGGAUUCAAUGAAAAGUCAUGGAGUCUGUUCAGCUCUCCUGACGGUUACUCUGUCUGGCACAAUAAUAAACACACUGUCAUACCCAUAGAGCCCUCAGGCUCCCGCAGAGUAGGAGUGUAUGUGGACCGGGCGGCUGGUACUCUGUCCUUCUACAGAGUCUCCUCUGAUGGACUGACCCUCCUGUACAGCUUCACCUCCUCAUUCACUGAACCGCUCUAUCCAGGGUUUUUGGUUUAUUAUCCAAACUCCUCUGUGUCCCUGUGCAUGCUGGGAUAGCUCACUGUGUGCUGGAGGAAUCAUUUUUACCGUAUCAGAGUGUCACAUGUCGCUGCUUCUCCGUGGCAAAAAGGUAAAAUCUCUGCUUUAUAACCAGUAUAACCCUUUUUACUCUGUCUGCAGUGUGACGUAUGUUAAUAAAAUAAGUAAUUGGGUUCUGUAAGCUCAACAAACAUACAAAAUGACUUAUGUUCUAUUUUGUCUGUAAAUGCACCAAAAAUACCUAAACAAAUUCAUAGUACAUGCAGUUGUACCAAUAGAGUGAAUUCUGAUUCUGAAUAAAAUAAAAUGUAAUGAAAUCUAAGCCUGAUGAGUAAGGGGAGCUUUUCCCCUCCCCUCUAUAUGUAUAUUUUAUAUGUUUGCCUAUAUAUUGUAUGUGCUACCUGUACACUGACAAUAAAGGCUUCCUAUUCUAUCCCAUUAAUGUCCCGGUUCCGCGCUGCCCAGAACGUAACUGAGUAACAGACUUAAUCCGCGCUCUCUGCUCACUGAGCGCAGCAGCCUGAUAUCGCAGCGGCGACCCAGACAUUUUAUUAACUGAAAACCUACAGUACAGCGGUCCUGAGGUAACUUAGUAAGGAUAAUGCAAUCAAAUUAAUCAUAUAUUAACUAAGUAAACAUAAAUAACAUAAAAUCUUAAUAAAUCACGUU